AUGGGAAGAUCAACACUCUGGGAUUGGAAGAAAAAGACGUGGGAUCUAAUCCAGAGAUCACAACGAAGACUUGGAUCAAGACAGGAUCAAGAACGAUCGAGCAGAAGUGAAGAUACAGCAAGAUUGUCCAGGUGGGACGAUCAUUGUGCGAACAUGGGAAGAGUCGACAGGACGACGAAAUAUCAAAGUUCUCCAAAUCAAGAAGAGAAGAGUUUGGACGACAUAAGAGACCAUUCUGAAGAAGUUUGGUCGAAGCAGAAUGCAAAUCGGACGAGCAGAUUGAGAGAUGGGACGAACGCCCAAGAUCUAUCCCGCAACGACUGCAAGAAACGUAAAUGUUCGGGAUGGAGGUAUUCGGAGCUUAUGGCGAAGGAGGGACCGGAGGUGAUGAUCGGAGAUGGACCAGAAGGAGAUCGGAGUAAUCGGAUGGCAAAACAAGCAAGACGGAACAGAGCCUUGAGCAAAAGGAAACAGAGUGCUUGA